GCGCUCGUCUUCCUCUCUCGCGGAUGAUGCGCCGUUGUGGCGCGAGGCAGUCCGUGUCUGUGCUCUCCAUCAUGGCAGCUGUCCGUGUCUGCAGUGACGGUCCGCGCUGUUCUCUCUCCGCGCGCUGCGGCUCAGCUCCGGAUCUGCUUCGGUUCGGUUCGGUUCUGAAUCUCUAAUUGAAGAUCGUUGGUGUUUUACUGCCCUCCUGAAAACGACACCCGGAGCGUUGUGGCGGCCCAGUCUGGUUACCCUGGUAGAUCAGCACAGGGAUUCCUGACUGCAAACUGAAGACCAGUCCAGCAGGUGAGGUGUGGUCAACAGGAGGCGUGGCCAGUGUCAAAUUCCUUCAGUCAGAAGGAGAGCGUGAGAGGCAGCGACGGCGGCGGAUCCCAGGUCGCCGUGGCAACACGGUGAGAUGGGGGUGAGGGUGUGACCCCCACCCCGGUGUGACCUCGGUGUGACCCCGGCGUGAACCUGGCGCGACCUGGCUCUCCACCUGCUUUGCUGCUUGGGUUCGGCUCCGGUUCGGUCCGGAGGGAAGAACCAGCCAAUCAGGAUGAAGAAGAGCCGCAGUGUCUUGACCGUGACCGGAGAGGAGGGCAAUGAGGCACCCGUGGGCGGGGAGAAGGCGGAGUCAACGCGCUACAGCCGCUCUUAUACAUCCGGAAGCACGCUGGGAGCGGAGUUUCGGAGGGGGCGGAGCCGGAGACUCUCCUCCAGCUUGCAGGUACCGUGUUGGCUCCGCCCACGUUCACGCUCACCUGAAGUAUUGAGUAUCAUGCCACGCCCCACAACCCUUCCACUGCGCAUCCCACCACGGAUCGCUAUCACACACGCUGACACGGACAGUGAGGUGGAGAAUGGAGGUGUAUCUCCAGCUGAUCUCAGUCCAGGUCUGAUGCUCCAUCCCUCAUUCCCUCAAUCUCAGAGGAGAGAGAGUUUCCUCUAUCGCUCCGACUCUGACUAUGACCUGUCACCCAAAACUGUCUCACGCAACUCCUCAGUGGCCAGCGAAGGACACACUGCUGAAGAUUUCAUCGUCACUCCUUUUGCUCAGGUGUUGGCUAGUUUACGCUCUGUCAGAAGUAAUUUCACAAUCCUGGCCAAUCUCAGCACUCCCACUGUAAAGAGGUCUCCACUGAGCAGCCAGUCUUCAGGGCUCAGGAGCUCACUCUCAGAUCACCAAUAUCAGCAGUUGACCCUGGAGACUCUGGCUGAACUGGACUGGUGUUUGGAUCAGUUAGAGACCAUUCAGACUCACCGCUCAGUCAGUGACAUGGCAUCCAGCAAGUUUAAGCGGAUGUUGAACCGGGAGUUAUCUCACCUGUCUGAAAUGAGUCGCUCGGGAAACCAGGUCUCCGAAUAUAUCUCCAGCACCUUUCUAGACCAGCAGAACGAGGUGGAGAUUCCGUCUCCGACUCUUAAGGAGAAACCAAUGAGCUACAUUAGCGGAGUACGAAAACUUUCUCACACCCACAGUCUAGCAAACACACCGCUACCGCGAUUCGGAGUCACGACCGAACAUGAAGACACACUGGCAGAGGUGAUGGAGGAUUUGAAUAAGUGGAAGUUCAAUAUCUUCCAAGUAGCUGAGCUCUCCAAUAACAGGCCGCUCAGCUGCAUCAUGUACUCCAUAUUCCAGGAGAGAGAUCUGUUGAAGACAUUCAGAGUUCCAGUCGAUACGUUCGUCUCAUACGUGAUGACCCUGGAGGAUCAUUACCAUAGCAACGUAGCGUAUCACAACAGCCUCCAUGCUGCUGACGUCACUCAGAGUAUCCACUGCCUGCUGUCCACUCCGGCUCUGGACGCUGUCUUCACUGAUCUGGAGAUUUUAGCUGCUCUCUUUGCUGCUGCCAUUCAUGACGUAGAUCAUCCUGGAGUCUCCAACCAAUUCCUCAUCAACACCAACUCCGAGUUGGCUCUGAUGUAUAAUGAUGAGUCUGUGUUAGAGAAUCAUCAUCUGGCUGUGGGCUUUAAGCUUCUUCACCAGGAGAACUGCGACAUCUUCCAGAACCUCAGCAAGAGGCAGAGGCAGAGUCUACGCAAGCUUGUCAUAGACAUGGUGUUGGCUACUGACAUGUCGAAGCACAUGACCCUCCUGGCUGAUCUGAAGACGAUGGUGGAGACGAAGAAGGUGACGAGCUCUGGCGUGCUGCUGCUGGAUAAUUACACUGAGCGCAUACAGGUGCUGCGGACCAUGAUGCACUGCGCUGAUCUGAGUAACCCCACCAAACCGCUGGUUCUGUACAAACAGUGGACGGAGAGAAUUAUGGAGGAGUUCUUCAGACAGGGUGACCGAGAGAGAGAGAGAGGGAUGGAGAUCAGCGCCAUGUGUGAUAAACACACUGCCUCCGUGGAGAAGAGUCAGGUGGGGUUCAUAGACUACAUUGUCCACCCUUUGUGGGAGACAUGGGGUGACCUUGUCCAUCCAGACGCUCAGGAGAUCCUGGACACUCUACAGGAGAACCGAGACUGGUACCAGAGUGCCGUCCCUCAGAGUCCUUCACCGCCACCGGACAGAGAGAAAACUCACACUGACCGGUUCCAGUUCCCCAUCACACUGCAUGAGGAGGAGGACACACAUACCUACAACAACCACACACACACACUCAACCACACACACACUCUCAACCACCACAACCACACAGAGCCACAGCUAGAACAGGAACCAGAACCAGAUCAAGAACUGGAGCAGGAACCAGAGCAAGACCUGGAACAGGAACCAGAGCAGGAACUGGAUCCAGAACCAGAGCAAGACCUGGAACAGGAAUCAGAGCAGGAACUUGAACCAGAACCAGAGCGAGACCUGGAACAGAAACCAGAGCAGGAAACGAAGCAUGAGCCAGAGCAGGAACCAGAACAGGAACCAGAACAGGAACCUGAAACAGAACCAGAGCAGGAACUUGAGCAGGUUCAAGAACCAGAGCAGGAACCAGAACAGGAACCAGAACCAGAGCAGGAAACAGAAGUAGAACUGGAGCAAGAACCUGAGCAGUUCAACAGCAUUGAAGAGGAGGAGAGAGGAGAUGGAGAAGUGAAGGUAGAAGAUGGAGAAGCAGAUGUAGCAGGAGAGAUGGAGGAAGGAGGCAGAGAUGAUGUGGAAGGAAUAGAAGCAGAUAGAAAUGGUGAGGUAGAUGGAGAAGAAAGAGUAGAAGAAGAAGAGGAGGAGAGAGAAGAAGAAGGGGAAGUAGGAGAGGGUGAAGGAGAGGAUAGAGAUGGAGAUGAAGAGAAAGAAGAAGAAACAGAAAUAUUAGAAGACAGAGAAGAGGAUGAAGAAACAGAAGAAAGAGAGGGUGGAGGUGUAGAAGAUGAAAGAGGGGAUGGAGAGGAAGAAGAAGAGGAAGAAAUUGAGUGAGGCUACGAGAUCUAAGAGAUAAAGCAGGAGGGACUGAAAAAGAAAAGGAAGAAUAAAUGAAGAAGAAAGAAAGUGAAUGAUUUCCAGGCUGAAAGUGAAGCUGAACUUUAGUGAGCAAUACUGCCCCCUACAGCACGGAAACAAUACGCCCCCCACACCAAUCACAACUACCACUCAGGAGGAAAAGAGAGAGAGAGAGAGUGUGUGUAUGUUUCACUCGUGGGGGGGUAGCUGCCUUCAGUGUUCUUCUUUGUCGUCAUCAUCAUCAUCAUCAUCAUCAUCAUCCUCUCUUUAUCCAUCGCUCCAGCCAGAAUGGAGAGUUCCAGCUCCAGCUUGCUGAAUGCAGAGUAAAACAUUAUUGAUCCUUUUUGAUUUAUAUAUAUAUAAUCACUGUUGUUGGAACAAAACCUUGCAUCUCAAAAAUGUUAACUUUACAAAAGAAGAAAAAAACAUAUUUUACUUCUAAUGUCUGUGUUUACAUGCAAAGAUUUUUGCCAAGAUUUUAGUGUUUAUGCUCACUCUAUUCAACAAUACGAUGAAAAUCGUUGUUUACAUGCUCACUAAUCGGAUCCAAAAUGACGUGCAUGCGUAGAGAACUUCUUAAAGUAAAAGUUACCGUGACAGCGAACAUCACAAGAGUCCGGUCAGAGUGAGAUGAGCAGCAGUGAGCAGUGAUUGUGUUUUUAACUGCUUUAAAAUGACGUCAGACUCAGGAAAACCUCCUUCACACGUCCUUAUUAAAGAAGGCCGAGAGGAAGACGUCGUGCUCUGAGACACAUAAGCUGGACGUCCGUCCCACCGCCGUCUUUUAAAGAUCAGAGCAUGAACUUCGUCUCCUCUGCAGACCAGUUUCUAUUCCGAAUGGCUUCAAUUGGACUAUUCCGAUUGAAGUCUAUACAUGGACACUAUUAGCCAGAUUAUUAAUGGAUUAUUAGGAUGCAUGUAAACGUGGCAACUGUAAGUUAAAGGGACCAGAAUUUUUCCCCAAGUCAUUGCAAGCAGUUUCUCUUGGUUAAAUCAAAUUUGGCCUUUUCUUUUUUAUAUAUAUAUAUAUAUAUAUAUAUAUAUAUAUAAAGUCGCUGUCAGAACAAAAUAUCUGGAAUUGUCUGAAGUUUUACAUCUGAGUUUGUAAACUACAUCUGCCCUUUACAUUGUGUCUGACAAUAGAAAUGGUCUAUAUACACAUCCUUGUAUCCACUGACCAUAUAGUUUCACUCUGUAAUUCUACAGUUACAGACUGUAGUCCAUCUAUUUCUCUGCAUGCUUUGUUAGCCUGUUCUUCAGUGGUCAGGACGCCCACAGGACCCUCACAGUGCCGGUACUAUUAGAGUGGUGGGUUAUUCUCAGCACAGCAGUAAUACUGACGUGGUGGUGGUAUGUUAGUGUGUGUUGUGCUGCUUAAACACUGUGCCCACUUACUGUCCACUCUUUUGGACACUGCUAUGCGACCACUGAAGAACAGGU